AUGCCGACCGACCUCAAGCAGGACGCUCCUCCCGUGCCGCCCACUGGCGGGCCUUGCUGGAUUGAAAUCAUGUCUGCGGAGCCGCAGAAGCUGAAGGAUUUCUAUGCUGCAUUGUUCCCCGCCUGGAAAUUCCAUGCCGCUGAGGAGGCUGGAAUGGAGGGAAUUGUGCAAUUCACAUUUCAACAGCCUUCUGGUGUGUCGAACUCUUCCCAUGUCUGGAUCCAUCCAGGAACGAGAACGGAGUUAGAGUCUAACAUUACAGGUCUCUCUAGCGGCAUCGUCAAGCUUCCCGAUGGCUGUGCCAAGCCAGGUGAGCAGCCCAUGGGUAUCGGAUCCACGGUGUACUACUUCGUCGAUUCCAUCGAUAAGAUCGAGACCGAUAUUGUGAGACUCGGCGGCGUCAAGGUCCUAGACAAGAGGCCGGAGAGGGAUCAUGGUUGGUUCGCAAACUUCAAGGAUCCAGAGGGGAACCGAUUCGGCACUUUCGAGGCCAAUUGGGCUGCCUUGGGCGAGAAGAAGUAAGUUCGUAAGGUUUGCGCACUACGAAGGUACAGCAACAUGGUGUGAUACUCGUCAGGGUAUUUCGGAUGGUUGAGAUGUCAAUGUGUCCGGAGUCGUCCGUUGAGCUGAAGAGUGAAUUUUCAGGCAGUUGGGUCGGCAUGGAACGUGCAGCAGUGCGGAAAGUCGCCGCCUAGUCUUAACUAGGAUAUAGUUUCCCAAC